CUCCCUGUGUUUUACACACACAGCUGAGAGAAAAGGCAGCCAGUCAGGAGAAAAAACGCUCCUCAACCCUUAGCCGAGGACAAGCAGCAGUAGAAGCGGCAGCAGAACUGGCAACCGCCGUCUCUUUGUUCUACACUGGCUUUGACAACGAGCAGAAAAAAGUCACAUUUAAAUCUUCUUGUUUUCUAUGACGUCGCGUAAAUUCACGGAUAUGGAGUUCCACGGGACUGAGUACAUGGACCACUGUGGCUCUGUUUCAAAGAGGCGUAGGCACGACAGUGAACUGUCUGUCUCCAGUGGAACCUCUGGUCUGGAGUACACAGACCUGGAAGCAGCUGAAGCGCUGGUGUGCAUGAGCUCGUGGGGCCAGAGCCUCUUCUUGGGCACCAACAGGCCAAGCCCCUGCAAGCCCAGACCCCUCACCCCAGCUUCAGACUCCUGUGACUCCCUCCUGCCGCCAGAAAUUCCAGAAGUCCCAAAGGACUUUGUGUCUCUUUCCUCCUUGUGUAUGACUCCUCCUCACAGCCCUAGCUUUGUUGAAACUUCCACAUCCAGCGCUGGCCCACAGUCAAGCCUGGCUCUGUCCUCACAGCGCUGUGGCUCGGGUCUCCAUCAACCUUUCCUGGCACUCAUUGCUGAAAAAGCCCCGACCCUCCCACCUCCGCCACAGCCCUGCCGAGCUAUGGCGACCAGCGUCAUCCGCCACACCGCAGACAGCACCCCCUGCCAGCACCACAUUCCAUUGGCCCCCAGUCAAGAAAAAACUACAGACACAGUUGUGGCUACAAUGGUCUGUCAGCCGCAGCAGCAGCAGCACAUCACACACACUGAGCAGAUAACCUCACCUCCCGCUCCUCCUGCUCCUCUCACACCCUCCAAUUCAGAACAACAGCCCAGUCCCUCAAAACAGUGUUUGGACAGUGUCUCCGCCCCCGUCCCUCCCAACAGCCAACCGCUAAACAGCCCACAACCUCCCUGUGUAGCCACCACCCUGUCCCCACCUGUAGUCAGAAGCCCUCAAAUCAUCUGCCAGAUGUUCCCUGUUAGCAGCCAAUCAGGGAUAAUCUCAGCCUUCAUCCCCAGCCAGGUUCAGACUUCGGGUACUGGAAUCGCGGGCGGCACCACACCCAUCCUGCCUCAGCCCACCUCAGCUAACGCCACCACUGUUCAGCAGCCUCUCAUCGUGAGCUCAGCUGUGGCCCAGGGCACAGUGAUGCUGGUUCUUCCUCAAUCCUCGGUCACUCGGGCCCCUCAGUGCCCUCAGACUGUCAUGACCUUGGGCAACACCAAGCUGCUACCUCUGGCCCCGGCCCCCGUGUACGUGCCUGCAGGGGCCAGUAACAGCACUGCACCCACAAAGAUGGACUUUUCCCGCAGGAGAAACUACGUCUGCAACUUCCCAGGCUGCAGGAAGACGUACUUCAAGAGCUCCCACCUGAAGGCUCACCUCAGAACACACACAGGUGAGAAGCCUUUUAGCUGCAGCUGGGACGGCUGUGAUAAAAGGUUCGCCCGCUCCGACGAGCUGUCCAGGCACCGGCGAACGCACACCGGCGAAAAGAAGUUUGUCUGCCCCGUGUGUGACCGGCGGUUCAUGCGCAGCGAUCACCUCACCAAACAUGCACGACGUCACAUGAGCACAAAGAAAAUUCCUUCCUGGCAGGCUGACAUUCGUAGUUUGAACAAAGUGGUAGCUGGCAAAACGCCGGCCACGAAGCCAGGCCUCCCCACGCUGAGCAUGCUGGUACCUGCCAGUUCAAAGUAGACAAUGAACACUGCCAUUCUACCUUCUCCCAAGAUGCUACAGGGACACAGGAAGUAGCCAAGCACACACGCUGCUUCUUUUUCACUCAUGAAAAUGAGAAAAUAAAAAUGCACUGGACUUUAGUUUUUCUUCUCUACUUUUAAUUUGUACAUGCGUUUUCCUUAAAAGGAUUUGUUUACAUAAUUCUAAUUUGUAUGCAUCCUUGCCAAAGCCUUUGUAUGAAGUUUGUCUUACUCAUUUCACCUCCCAACUUCCCUCAACACUUUAUUUGUGUUAAUAUUGAUAUAUAUAUAUACACAUAUAUAUACAGUAUAUGUCUAUGUGAAUGUAUUGUGUGUCGUAUGGAAUGCAUUUAUUUGUCAUAUUGGGGAAAAUAUUGACUUUAAAAAUGUAAAUAUGAAUAUUAAUCAAUGAUAUUAUGAUUACACCUUGAUUAUAUCACUCUGUUUAACUUUUCAUAUUAUUUAAUACAUAUUUGUAAUAAAAAAAGUAUUAAAUGACA